CAAUAUAAUAUAACCAGUUAGUGUGCAGGCGAUGAAAAUGUUUUCAGCCAAUCAGAAUUCAUAACCUGGCUAGUUAGUUAGUUAGUUGCCUUAAGUAUUUUACUAGACGUAUAAAUUAUCUCAGCACAGUAGGCUUAGUUGAAGCAUAUUCCCUUACAGUGAUGAUAGGGCUGACUAUGUCUUUCUACAAUUACAUUGUAAUAUUUUGUUUCAUCGAGUAUUCCUGUGCCAAACCACAUCUAGAACCUGUGAGUCGACGAGAUACAGAACAUUUUGUCAAUGAUCCUGAAAGACAUGAUAUUGAAUUUGAUCAUAAUGCCUUCUUGGGUGAAGAGGUCGCCAAGGAGUUCUCUCGGCUAACACCAGAUGAAAGUGAAGAAAAAUUGAAACAUAUUGUUAGGAAAAUCGAUAAAGAUAGUGAUGGCAGAAUAACUGAAACAGAAUUAAACUUUUGGAUUAAAUAUGUGGCGGAAAAAGCUAAACUGAACAGUACAGAACGUCAGUGGAAAGAUGUAAAUCCAAGUGGUCAGCUAACAAUUAAAUGGGAAGAGUAUUUGGAGAAAACUUAUGGACGUGAAGAAGAAAGACUGAGAGAUGAAGCUACUUCUGAGUCCUAUAAAGAAGCUGUUCGUCAUGAUCAUCGACGAUGGAUUGCUGCAGAUAUCAAUAAGGAUAAUCAAUUGGAUAAAUCAGAAUUCACGGAUUUUGUACAUCCUGAAGAUAGACCGAAUAUGAGAGAUGUUAUCAUUGAUGAAUUGCUUGAGUCCGUUGACAAAGAUAAAGAUGGAUACGUAUCUGAGAAAGAGUAUUUAGCUGAUCUUGCCCGCGCAUAUCAAAGCACUCCACUAAGCGAGAAUGAACCUGAACCAGAAUGGGUUGAACGUGAACGAGGUCAAUUCCGUCGAUUCAGAGAUAUAGAUCAAGAUGGUAAAAUGGAUAGGGCAGAAGUUGGAGAGUGGAUAAUGCCGACGAAUUAUGAUCCAGUUGACGCAGAAACAAAACACUUAUUUUACCAUGCUGAUAGUAAUAAAGAUGGAUUAUUAUCCGAAGAAGAAAUUAUCAUGAAACGUGACAUUUUCGUCAGUAGCCAGGCUACAAAUUAUGGAAAUGCACUUCAACAUCAUGAAGAACUUUAAAUCUAGCGCAAACACGUUAACAGACUUUCAAAAGUCAUAACGCUUGAAGCUUUUAUUAAGUGAAGUAUUUUCAUUUAUUUUGAAAUUUUCGGUUUUGUCUGUGUGUGCGUGCGUGCGUGUUUCUCUCUUUGGAAUGUCUAGAGUAUUUCAUUUUUGUAAGGUGGAAAGAGGCAUGCAAGCAAGGCAUGAUGUAUCUGGUAAAGUGAAAAAAAAAAUUUAACUUAUUCACUGGUUAUUUGGUGUUCUUGUUUUUGAUUUUUGUCUUUUCUGAAUGAAAUUGUCUUUCUUUAAAAAUUGCCUUUCUACUAAGUAAUUUGCAUAUCAAUGCAUUCUUGUCACUUUAUGCUUCAAGAGUUAUGCUGGUUCGUUAAUAUAAAAAAGAGGUUGAAAAGCAAACUGGGCAUUCUUCAGGGUUUACAGUCUCGUUUUAGUGUUAACACAGUAUCUAAGUACUCCUCAGGAUAAUAAUUCCG